GGGCACAACUCAAAUCUUGAAGUGGAGGGAGGAAAUUUGGGCACCCAAAUACUAGAAGAUAAGAUUCAACCAUCUAAAUGUGUAAAUGCAUGGUUUAAGUUUUUCGCGAAAGUUGAAGAUCCUACAAGAUCAUUAAAGUUUUACUUGAAACGCCACAAG